CCAGAAAAUUUGCCGCUGCUUAGUUUUCUAAUGUUAAGCAUUUGUAUUUGCUGUCACGCUCUCCUACCGUCCUCAUGUCAUGCAAAAUCGGUAAGAAAAGGGAGAUUACAAUUAUUGAUAUGCUGAUAAUAAACUAAUGAGCUGGAGCUGGAUUGCAAUUAGAACAGCUGUCGAUUAAUUUUUUGUUUGUUGCGCAAUAAAUAAAAUAAUCAACAUUUACACGCAAAAACAUAAAACAUCACUGGAAAAAUCAUCAAGUUAAACUGAAAAUGGCAAGCAGCAAUUUCAUGGAAAAAUUACGGACCUUUUUUGGGUUACGACAGGAUCCACCUAGAAAUGAUUUCCGAAAUCCGAUUUGGAGUUCCGACGACGAAGACGACGGUGAUGAACUUUACACAAGACACGAAAUGGAAGACUUCACUAAUGCUAUGGACAUUCAUCAAGAGUUCUCCAGGCAGAUGCUGGAUAUGAUCCAAACGUUCGGUGCCAUGUUUGGUGAUAUAAAAUCAUUCAUUAACGAGAACCCUGUGGACUCUUUCGCGACCAUCAACCCUCUUCCCCCAGAACACAAUCACCCGGAACACUUCCAUGGAGACAAUAUAAGAGACUAUUAUCUGAAACCCGGCUACCACAGCCGUCCACAUGAGCAUGUUAAAGAAGACGUUGAUUUAGAUGGCAAAAUCUCAUCUAAUGAUUUAUCGGGAUUGUUCAAAAAGAAGAGAGACUCACAGAUUGGUCCUAUUACGCCCUUUAAUGGUGAGUUAGUGCCAGGCCGUUCCUUCUGCCAGACUAUCAUCACAACAAGUGUCACCAAGUCUGAUGGGUCGGUGGAAACCAGGCGGAUAGUCAAAAGCGGGAAUGAAGUGGUUGAAGAGACUGUCACCUCCACAUCCACUGGAACAGACACUCGAAUGCCACAAACACCAGGUUUGGAUCAAUUAUCAAGUCCCGGCCUUAUAUACAACAAUGUCAUGUCUGAACUCUCUUCUUUAUUUAGACAUUUUUAUUAAUAUUUAAUCCCAUUUCCAUAGUUGUAUACGUAGACCAUUUGGAUUAUUAGAAUAAGAUAACAAUUCUAUUUUCUCUUUCUUGCAGAGGAAUAAAUUGAAAUUGGUAACUUCAUAGUAUUUGCAUGUGAUAUGCAAAAUAUUGAUGUUUAAUUAUUACUAAAGUUUAUUCUUCAAUAUAUAGUCAACUACAAAAAAAAUCCUUGAAUUGUAGUCAUGAUAGCUAAUGGAUGUGAAUUACAAAUGAUUUGUUCCAUUACCUGUAGAUGUGGUUAGUAUAAGACCUUACUGUUAAUUACAUUGAUCAAACAAAUAUCUAUUGUUUUGGAAUUACAUCUUAAUAAAUAAAUAAAUACAUAAUAUGCAACCAA